AUGUGCUAUUGGAUACGCUAUUUAAAUUAUAUUCAUGGUUCUGAUCGGCAAUGGGUGGAAGCGGGUCCUCUAUCAUCAUUCUGUUAUCGACGUGAAUCUUAUGAACGAUUGUCAAAUCAUCAAUAUGGUCAUAUCGUCUUCUAUAGAAAUGGUUUCAUCAUUGACGAAUUACAGAAUUUUGGUCAACAACCAUUAACAUUAGGUUUAAUAUUUCGUACGUAUUUCCAAGCUGACAGAAAUAGUCGAUAUGUUCAUUUUCACUUAUUUGCACCAUCAUCGAACACACGGCAACAGCUAGUGGCGAUUGCUCAAUGGUACAAUCAAAGAAUAUCUGGAUCUAAUGGAUUAAAUAUGGCUUUGGGAGGACUUCAAGUUGCUGCAUCAGUAAUACAAUUAUCUAACUGA